CUUGAUUCUAACAUUCUUCGCUCCUCUAUUUCUUUUUCUUCCAAAUACCUGUUUUGUAAUAUUCAUCAUGGGUGAAGCUGUGGAGUUCUUUCAUUCAAAUGGCUUCUGUAAAGUUCAUGAGGAAUCUGAUCCAAAUCACAUCAGUUCAUGGUUUGAAGAAGAGAUAGACGUUGAUCUCAAAUGGUCCUUUGCUUUAAAUAGAGUGCUGCAUAAAGGCACCAGCGAGUAUCAGGACAUCGUACUUUUGGAUACCAAGCGAUUUGGGAAGGUUUUGGUGAUUGACGGGAAGAUGCAAAGUGCAGAAGCGGAUGAGUUCAUAUAUCACGAAUGCUUAAUUCAUCCUGCUCUCUUAUGUCACCCUAACCCAGAAACUGUUUUCAUAAUGGGAGGUGGGGAGGGGUCUGCAGCAAGGGAAGCAUUCAAGCACAAAUCAAUAAAGAAAGUGGUCAUGUGUGAUAUCGAUCAGGAGGUUGUUGAUUUCUGCCGUGAAUAUCUGACGGCAAACCACAAGGCCUUCAGUAACAAGAAGCUUAAUCUAGUCAUUAAUGAUGCCAAGGCCGAAUUAGAGGAGAGGAAGGAGAAAUUCGACAUCAUAGUGGGAGAUCUAGCAGACCCUGUGGAAGGAGGGCCUUGCUACCAGCUGUACACAAAAUCCUUCUACGAGCACAUUCUCAAGCCAAAGCUCAGUGAAAGUGGCAUCUUUGUCACUCAGGCUGGACCAGCAGGAGUAUUCACCCAUCAAGAGGUCUUCUCAUCGAUUUACAACACAAUCAAGCAGGUCUUCAAGUAUGUGCUUGCAUACACAGCUCACGUGCCGUCUUUUGCAGAUACGUGGGGAUGGGUUAUGGCGUCGGACAAACCAUUUCUUAUUGAUGCUGAGAAGAUAGACAAAAAGAUUGAGGAUAGAAUUGACGGGGAGUUACUGUACUUGAACGGUGCCUCCCUCUUCUCCUCUACCAUCAUGAAUAAAAGUGUUUCUCAGACUCUGAAGAAUGAAACUCAUGUCUACACCGAGGAAGACGCAAGAUUCAUCCAUGGUCACGGCGUUGCUUUUCGCAAUUGAGGCGUUGGGCCUUGGAUUGGGGGAGCCGCUGUAUAGAAAAAUAGAAAGGAUGGGUCAAGAAGCAUGGAGAAGUGAUUAAGAGUUCAUCAUAGAAACUUCAAAAAUUGUUGGAAGAUUUCGCUUUUAGACAGUAUAUAAGCUAGGUUUCUUCUGUUUUAAAUAGGACUCGAGCUACUUUGGAAGUUCUGUGAAAUGCUGAAAAAUCAUGAAGCAUUCCUGCUUUAAGAAUUAAGUUAUGAAUUCGAAUUUUUUUUCCCCGGAAACAGAGGAUGACCAUGAUCACCCUAUUUGGACAAUGUGUGAAGCCAUGGUUGAACAGAUGAUUGACCAGUGUUAAUGCCGGCUACGAAUCAUCAACAUGAUUAAGAAGGCAACAAUCCAAGAGUUCCAGAU